GGCGAUUCAUCGGUGACGUCAGCUCAAGUGAAAGACGGAAGCAAAGCGCUCAUUGUGGAGCCGUCAGUAAAAGUAGUUGUAGCGACAGCUUGGGAAAGCUCAUAGAUAGUACAGCGUGGUCGCCUCUCCUGCUCAGUGGCAACAUUUGAUUGAAUAGGUAUAUAUACACAUUAGAUAGAGAGGAAUAACGUUGCUCUUUUUUUUGUGUGUGUGUGUGUGACUAUGGCUGAUGUUACGCAAUUCAACGAGGGGACCGGGGACUUCGCGAAAGGGUUCGCUCGUAAAGGAGCGUUGAGGCAGAAGAACGUCCAUGAAGUGAAGGACCACAAAUUCACUGCGAGAUUCUUCAAGCAGCCGACUUUUUGUAGCCACUGCACCGACUUUAUCUGGGGAUUUGGAAAGCAAGGAUUCCAGUGCCAAGUUUGCUGUUUCGUGGUCCACAAGAGGUGCCAUGAGUUUGUCACGUUCUGCUGCCCCGGGGCGGAUAAGGGUCCCGACACGGACGACCCCAGAACCAAGCACAAGUUCAAGAUCCACACCUACGGCAGCCCCACCUUCUGCGACCACUGUGGCUCUCUCCUGUACGGUCUCAUCCACCAGGGGAUGAAGUGUGACACCUGCGACAUGAACGUGCACAAUCAGUGUGUGAUGAACGUGCCCAGCAUGUGUGGGACGGACCACACCGAGAGGAGGGGACGCCUCUACCUGAAGUGUGAGGUCACAGAGGACAAGCUGCAGGUCACAGUGGGCGAAGGUCGAAAUCUGAUCCCCAUGGACCCCAACGGCUCGUCUGAUCCUUACGUCAAGCUCAAGCUCAUCCCAGAUCCCAAGAAUGAGACCAAGAAGAAGACCAAGACCAUCCUCGCCAACCUCAAUCCCACCUGGAAUGAGUCUUUUACAUUCAAGCUGAAGGCUACAGAUAAGGACCGCAGGCUGUCUGUGGAGGUGUGGGACUGGGACCGGACUACCAGGAAUGAUUUCAUGGGCUCCCUGUCCUUCGGCGUGUCAGAGCUGAUCAAAUCUCCUGUGUGUGGCUGGUACAAGAUGUUGAACCAAGAGGAGGGCGAGUUCUACAACGUGCCCAUCUCAGAGGAGGAUGACGGGAACGAGGAGCUCAGACAGAAGUUUGAGAAAGCCAAGCUGGGCCCUGGUACCAAGAAGGUGAUCUCUCCAUCAGAUGACAGCCCGUCUAGUCUACCCUCUAACAACCUGGACUCGGUCAAACUCACCGACUUCAACUUCCUGGCCGUGCUGGGGAAAGGCAGCUUCGGCAAGGUGAUCCUGGCAGAGAUGAAGCCCACGGAGGAGCUGUACGCCGUCAAGAUCCUGAAGAAGGACGUGGUGAUUCAGGACGAUGAUGUGGAGUGUACCAUGAUCGAGAAGAGAGUCCUGGCCCAGCAGGACAAACCACCCUUCCUCACUUCACUCCACUCCUGCUUCCAGACCGUGGACCGGCUGUACUUUGUCAUGGAGUACGUGACUGGAGGAGACCUCAUGUACCACAUCCAACAAGUGGGCAAGUUCAAAGAGCCGCAGGCGGUGUUCUACGCAGCAGAGAUCUCUGUCGGCCUGUCCUUCCUGCACAAGAAAGGAGUCAUUUACAGGGAUCUGAAGCUGGACAACGUGAUGCUGGACUCGGAGGGCCACAUUAAGAUCGCUGACUUUGGCAUGUGUAAAGAGAACAUACACGAGGGCGUGACCACUCGCACCUUCUGUGGGACGCCCGACUACAUCGCCCCAGAGAUUAUUGCAUAUCAGCCAUAUGGGCUAUCAGUGGAUUGGUGGGCAUAUGGAGUGCUGCUCUACGAAAUGUUGGCAGGACAGCCCCCGUUUGAUGGUGAGGACGAGGACGAGCUCUUCCAGUCCAUCAUGGAGCACAACGUGUCGUACCCCAAGCAAAUGUCCAAAGAGGCCGUGUCCAUCUGCAAAGGGCUGAUGACCAAACACCCCUCGAAGCGUCUGGGCUGUGGCUCCGAGGGAGAGAGGGACAUCCAGGAGCACGCCUUCUUCAGACGCAUCGACUGGGAACGCCUCCAGAACCGCGAGAUCCAGCCCCCCUUCAAGCCCAAAGGGUGCGGCAAAGGGGCGGAGAACUUCGACAAGUUCUUCACGCGCACCCAGCCCCAGCUCACGCCCCCCGACCAGCUGGUCAUCGCCAACAUCGACCAAGCCGACUUCUCAGGCUUCUCCUUCAUCAACCCCCAGUUUGUGCACCCCUCCCUGGUCUCCCUGCACACCGUAUGAGGGGGAGGGGGCCACGGACCCCCUUCCUACCUCUGCUCCCUAUCUAGCACUAACCCUCCACCAACUGCAGCCUCUUCAAGCCAAACUCCCAAUCACCAAAACUGGUCCAACUCCACAACAACACAGACCCUGAUAUCAACCGCCAUUUUGAGUUCCUCUAUCAAUGUAUUAAUGAUGUGUCCUCUAGGAAUGGGACUUGGGGCUCUGAGUGAGAGGAGUUGGUGAGUGGAAGUGCUGUGUGUUAAUGGUGAGGGGGAGGGUGAAGGUUUGAGGAAGGAGAUGUAUGUAGGGUUGAUAUACUUUCCCACCCACCUGUUGUGUUUGUUUUCGGAUGGGCAAUUGUUUGAAAUGAAUCAUGAUAGAUAUUGAAAUGAAUCAUGAAAAAUAUUGAGAUGACUGACCUGUUGUUUUGAAUGUGUGGGGACAAAACCCAUGAAACUAUGCCAGUUUUUUUUUCUGAUUCUAGAGCGAAGGGUUAACUUCUUGUUAAACCCUGUACUGGCUAUACUAGUCUCCAUUGAAACCCAAGGCAACUACAAACAUAAUCUCUUGUUUUGAGCUAUUGGGUCAGAGCCAAAUAUGAGGUCAGUACAGGGAGACUAUGUUUACAGUUUUACCUUAUGUUGAUUUCAGUAUUUGUCAUUACAGGUGCCCCUAUGUUUCAAUAUACAUCAAAUAAUACACACCCAGUACGAAUAUCAUGACACACUAACAAUAACACACACAUACAGAUGUAGGAUCUUAAUUUGAUCACCCCAUUGCAGGAAAAAUUCCUGCAUUGCAAAUUAAAAUGUGUAAUGUGUUUGAGGUUUAAAAAGGCUUCUGAAGUUUAAUUUCCACUUAGACAUUUCAGACUUGAUUUUUUUUCCCUUACGAAAAAUGUAUCAACCCCUAAAAAAUAAAAAAUAAAAAAGGCUAUCAAUUAUAAUCCACAUAAUAACUCACAUUUCCUGUAGCCGCACGGAUUAUUUUCCUGCUGUAGCAAACUGGCUCAAAUUAAGACCAUACAUCUCUACACACACAUUACAUUAACACAGGGAUAUCUUGAACCUUGAACUCCAGGUUGUAUGGUUAUCUUGUCAUUAGGUUUACAACUGUGAGUGGACAUUGAGACAGAACGCAGUAGAAGUUGUGGUUGGAGGAAGUAGGCAGUGCAACAGUCCCAUCUUCUUUCAACACCUACACAAGAAUCACAGGUUAAGAGGUAUAAAGGUGGUCGUUCCAAAAGCAAAUGGUGAUCAGGUAGCACUACUUUGUGACAGCCUUUUUUUACUAUCCUCCUGUCCCGACUUUGUCACUCUGCCCACUUAUCAAAAAGGCCCUCAAUGGCCAUGAUUCUCUUUAACCUGAAGAAGUCCUUCAAUGUUAAGUUCCCAAGGGAAAUUUAUUGAGGAUUUAGGAAGUAAAUUACCUAAAACUCUUUUUUUUUUUUUGAGCGAGAGAGAGAGAGCGAGAGGUAGCGACUAAAUUUAAAUUGAUGUCGAGUUAUUGUUUGCUUACUCAAUGAACCGUGCAAUAUUAUAUUGCAUGCUUAUACCCUUAUACAUGGCUAUAACGCCAUUCUAACCAUGUCGACUAGAGUAUCACGUUAUUAAAACGAUUAGUUCCCUUUUCUGCUUUUAUGUGAUGUCAUGCACCCCCCUCCCCCCAAUUAGUUCUAAUUAAUAUUUUAGUGUAACACAUACCAGUGUAUUAACUCUUUUGUAAAUAUUAAUGAGCUAUUUAAAAAACAAAAAGUAUAGUAUCUCGCAGAUUUUAUACCAACAACUGAAUGUGAUUUUAUUAUGUUAGAUAGGUUAACAUAUUUCUAUGUAAAAAAAUAAAGCACCCCAAAAUAUUAUCUUUGUAACAAUUAGGUGACAAAGUCUUUUAAUCGAGUCGGUCGGGAUUAGCAAACCGAGAGAAACAUCUGGACGACUUUUGCCGCAAUUAUCAAACGUUUUCCGUUUGCUCUCGUCUCCAUCGCACAUAUCCGAUGUCCUUGAAUGCGAUCGCUGACUGAGUUGACUGAAUGUAUGCCUGGCUCUUGUAUCUGCAUGUUGUUGGUGAGGAUUUAACAAUAAGUUGAACAAAAUGAUAUAAAUGCUGCAUGAUACUCAGUACCAGUAACCAGGCCCGUGGUUGGAUAGCAAGGAGUCUCUGCCCAAACACCAGAUCCAAGAUCAGCUGAACCUACCCUAAUCCUAGCCAUUCACAAUUAGGAGGCUAUGGUCAAAUCUGACUACAGAUAUGUGUUUAGGGGAACUCCUAAACACGUCUCUGUACUAGACCAGAUGGGACAACUUGCUCUCUAGUGUCUCAAUGAAGGGAUUUUGUUUCUUCUUAUCGUUAGUAUUGUUUGUUCGUAUAAAAAAAAAAUACAAUUUACAUUAUUUGUAUUGUCGUCGUUUUUUUGUUUGGUUAUAGAUUCUGCUCAAGUGAUACAGGAAUGUUUUGCGGAAUUAUCAUCAUAGCAAUUCAUAUCUUAACAUCCAAAUGUUGCUAGAUUUAUACAAUUCCCUCGACUUUUGCUCCUAUAAACCUUUUCCUAACCUCGUAACUGUGCCAAACAUGAAACAGCCAGAACCCGACAAUAGCAGCGUUGCACUAGCUCUAGUCAUACCAAUGACCGUCAAUACCGAAAUCUUAUCAAUACCGAUGUGUUGUCAAUACACAUGUUUUUUUCAAUGCCGAUGACUCGUCAAUACAGAUGUCUCUCCCUGGUAGACUCUUAGUGGUUAGUCCAAGAGAGCGUGCCAACACCACAUUUCACAACGUCUUUCCGACCCAUGUGCUUCUCGCUAAAAAUAUGUAGCUAAGGAAUUGCUCAUUCAAAUAAUGUCGAAAUGGUUCUGAUGCCAGACAAUCCGGCAGUCGUUUCUUGUAGGUAUUGUUUUUUUAUGUCAUGUUAGCAGCCUACACCUCUGUGGGAGUUUACCUUUAUGCUUUAUAGCCGGACAGCAGUAUGACCCUUCGGCAAUACCAUGCCUGCUUACCCCUUACCUUAACUCCCUGUGCCUAUCAAUCAGUGUGUGUGUUUACAUGUGCGUGUGAGAGAGGGAAGGAAGGAAACCAUAAAUGAGUGGCUGUUGAGUGAAUAAAUGAGUGAGUGUGUGGAUGAGUGAUUAAUUGAUUGGUGAACAACCCCGUUCCUCAUCCUAUUGGCCUGUUAACCCCCCCCCCCCCCCCCCUGUCUGGGUAGCUCAUCUCCUCUGUCCAUCCUUCCAUUCCUCCCCCCUUCCUCAGUGCCUGGACAAUCGAUCCAUUCCCUUGCUGACAAAGCCCUCAUCCCUUCUCCUUCAAGAUCCAAUCAGUUCAUGGAAGCAGUUUCGUCCGAGAAACUCGCCUCUACAGGCUGACACCUACCUGCCCUUCUUGCCCCUUCCAAUCCUCCCAAAACGUACUGGGGAAAGAAUUGGCCAAAUGUGUUCUUUUUCACCUUCGUUUACAUCCUGCUAUAUAUUUUCCUUUGCCUUAGCUCCUACGCGCUGUGUCCCAAAUGGCACCCUAUUCCCUAUAUAUUGCACUACUUUUGUCCAUAGGCCCUGGUCAAAAGUAGGGUACUAUAUAGGGAAUAGGAUGCCAUCUGAGAAACAGCCAACCUCUUCCCCCAUUCUCGGUUGAUUCAUGUCCAAACCAAGCGCUUCUUCUGUCCCUGUACAUAAUGAUUUAGAUAUCUACAUAGACUUGUAAAAGAAAGAAUAUAUUGUAUUUUGCAAAUGGUUUAUGUUCAUUCUCCCCAAAAACCCUUUGAAAGCGAGUCUGAGCUACUUACCUUGUAAUCAAUAGUGUAAUUUGUACCUACUGUAUGAUAAUGCAAAUAAAAAAUUCAAAAAUG